UUUUUGAUAAUUUUUUAAGGUUUUUAGGUUAUUUCGAAUUUUUUCAGUGCAUUGUUCAGGUCGUUAAAAAAUAAGAUCAAUGGUAAGGACAACAAAAUACGAUUUGUGAAAAUUAAAUCGUAUAGCGCUGCGAUGUAGUGAUUAUACUAAAUCAUCAGGGCGAAAUAAAAUGUCUCUAUAGUUCAUCGUUAGAGAACGUUGCUUAUACCAUUUUAGUAUUUUACGCUCAAGAAUUCCCCUCAGCCACUAAGAUGGAAAACAAAAACUCGACUACUCGCUUAUGAGUCGUUAAUGCCCACUGAUCAUAUAGCAACUACAUAAACACGAAUCUCGUGAUUACACCAUGUUUUCAUGGGUGGUUAACGAACAAUACAUCGUGUUCGGUUCAGGAAAAAGACAAUUAGACAUAAUAGACAACCGAGCUGGUGGCACACCACCGGUGAACUUGGUGAUUCGCACCAGGAUUUCGCGAGGAGGAACAGGACUUCUAUUUGAAACAUCAAGGCCCACCGCGCUAUUUAAGGAAUAACAGUUUCGUGUUCGAACAUCUUCCCCCCUGAAAGCCUUUUCUCACACAAAAUAUCUGGAGAAUCGGAAACUAAGACCCACAAAGACGUAUAAAGAUUAGUUGUUAGCUGCCGGUGUCAUACGGUAGCCCAAGUCGUAACGUAAGUGGCUUACAUAUUUUUUUAAAAUACAAUUAAAAAUACAAUAAUUCAUUUGAAAAUUAUGUAUUAUGUUUCGUAAUAAUAGUAAUACUAUUAAUAAAUCAAAAAUAAUAUCACCCACAUUUGAAAACAACAUGGUAUAUUAUCGUUGAGUACCCCUUAAACCAUCGCCGACCGACCUUAAGCACAAGCUACCAAGCAUAAAUACCGCAGAACAAAAGAACGUGUUGGUGCCACAAACUUGGUGGUGCGGUGGAUCAAAUGAUUCAGUCUUAAAGUGUGUCCGAACUCUCAAUGGAUAGUACAGUGCUAAUAUAAACAUUAAUGUCACCGCAAUUCAAAAGUGAAAAAAAUAUUAAAAAUUUCAAAUUUUUUUUUUUUGCUUCAACGCAUAGAUCGUCGUUCACAUAAAAAGAUAAACCCAAUUUGGAUGAUCAAAAUACAAUGCUUCUACUUUAAAUUAUAUUAUUUUAGUAUUAUUGUGACAACGAACACUACUGAAUAAUAUAUUCUAUUGUGCAGUUUAAACCAUAAUGCUCUUAUAAUACAUUAACAUACAGGCCCAUAAAGAAUAUCGCAGUGGAUUCACAAUAAUAUUUCGUCCGAAUUCAAGAUCCGGUCACUGUCCUCCGCCAACUGGAUGCAUUUAUAGUUUUUAAUGAGCUGAAAUAUGCAGGCCCGACUAAAAUCAAGUUGGAAAGUCGUGAUUUCACCGCCGGUCUGCAGGCAUUGUGGACUGUGGUGCAUAUGACUUUAGCUGGUGAUACACUCGUCACCGCGGAUUUGGACUAAAACGAACCCGCCGUUGCACCUGGCCAAGAUGUCAUUAUCAACGACAUCUACAUAAUAAUAAUAUAUUCACAUGUCAUGUCCCGUCUCCUGCCUUGACCAAGUGUGCGUCCAAGUUGAGUGAAGUGCCAGCCAUGUCGCUAUAUGUCGCGACAACCGUUCUUGUAUAGCAUCACGAAUUAUUUUAUUAAUUACACUGACGUUUUAUGGCCGUUUUUGUUGCAUUGCAUGUCUGAUGUCCGCGGUCGCCGUAACCGUAAGUGUCAUCUUAAUUUCAAUGUGCAUUCGUAUUUUGUUGUGACGCAUUCCGCCUUGAGCGUCACUGUAGUGCUCUCGUAAAAUUAUACAUUUUUAGGCUUGUAUGUAGGAUGUCACGUUUCUUUGCGUUCCGUAUCGCUGUGUUCUUGCACGCCGUUGUUAAUUGUUAUGUAGUGACAAGUAAAAUCCGCCCUUUUCCGUUCACGCAUCCUGUAUACCAUGGUUUAGUGAUAUACAACUGUCGUGUUGCGUUUUCGUCCUUUGUCGAGUCGGUCACGGUGUAACAGGAUAGUCAUGGUAUCGGCCCACUGAGUUUCAUUAAAUUAUAUAUUUCUAUACUUAUGUUUGUACUCAUUUCUCAUUAUCAUAAAAAGAAAAAGUUACCACUUAACACUCAUAACUGGCCCAUAUUUUGAGUGGCCCACCUAUAUUUUCUUGGCAGCUGCCGAUCGGACUCCGACCAUUGCCCGAAUUGUUGAAUGUCGUUCAAUAUAUUCUUCUGCAGAUGUAUCCUGGGCGUUUUGUUUCAUUCGAGGGUGUCAGACUGUCAGCCUAAUAUCUGCCCUCAUAUCACGAUACAUAUUGUAACAUAGUACAAAAUAUUAUAUUUAAUUUUUUAAAUAUUGGUUAGUAGUUACAUAAAUGAUAAACAAAUUAUUAUAUUACUACGAGACAUUCCUUGUUUUUACGACGAACCAGUGAGAUAAAAGUAAUUUCAGCACGCCAAAAGUCCGAAUUUAAAUGGUUCAUAACGUAUAUUCCUAUGAUACAAUUAUAGUAUAGUUGUUCGAUAUUUUAUUUUCAUAUCAACACUAUCUCUAAUUGUUCCCAUUACCGUUAUAAUGAGCUCGUUAACCGAGUCAAAUAAUAAAACGAUUUUCCGUUAUCUGUGUUCAGUUGAACAACCAAGUGCGAUCGUGUAACCUAUGUGUCUAUACGUACAUUAAAUUAUCAAUAUUAAGCAAAAUAAUUCAAAACCAAGUAUGGAAGAUCACAAUGUAAUAGAUAAGUUUAAUAAUUACACGAUUUUAAAACAUUUGUAGCUGUAUAAUUUAGCAGUAUAAAAAACACUAAUCUAUUAAUAUUUACAAAUUCAAGAACAGAUAUAACUUUUUUGUAACUCGUAGUAACUUUACAGUUUGAUAUUUUAAUUAUAGUAUGAAUACGUAUCUUUUUAUUCGUAUACAUAUGGUAUUCCGAAAAUGUCCGAUGUAUCUUAAUUUUAAUUUUCUUCUUAUCUGGUCCAAGUCAUGAAGAAUCAAAUACCAACUAUACAUAUAUGGAAUUGUUUUGUAAAUUGAGGGGAAAUAAUAUUUUAAUUACUCAAGCGAGUUCAAAUGAUAGAAGAGAUUUUUUAAUGAACAUAUUAAAAAAAAAAUAUGAACGACAUUCAUGGUCAGAGAGUUACGAAGAUAAUAUAAAAUCAUUAAUACGAAAUUUUAGUGUUAUAUUAGUACGAAAAUGGAGAGCUAGCAAUAGUACAUUUAAUAUGUUUGCAAAAAAAAAUGCUUUAUGGUUGCAAAAACAGUUUGAAAUUCCAAAUCAAUAUAUUAAAAAAAUUAAAGAAAAGGUAGGGAGACAAAGAAAAUUGUUUACAGAAAGUUCAAUUCGAGGUAAGCAGCGUAAAUCAUCGGCAAUAGGUAAAAUAUGCAAAACUCCAGUAAUAACAUUUGUAGUGAAAUCAAAAUUGUAUAAGAGUGGAAAGAGAACGUUAGCUAAACUAUUUGAAGAAGGUGCGUCUACUCCAAAAAUAGGAUUGAAAAUGAAGAAAGCUUUAAAAACUAAAAAAGUUAUUCCUUUUUCACCACAGGAAGCCUUAGCAUUUAUUUUAGAUAACAAACUUCUUCUCCAACUUCAAUGUGUGAACAACAACGAAAAAAUUGUACUUUGGUCUAAUCCUAGAUAUUCUUCCACUCGUUUUUGUCGACCGUUAAAAUUUAUUUUUAUGAAAGAAAGUAUAAUGAUAAAACAAUCGAAAUGUAUACAGAAAUUGAAGAUGAAAUAUCUAGAUUAACUGAUACAAUAAUUUAUAUUAAUGAUAUAUCAAUUAUAAGCAUAAAGCAUACACUAAUUUUUUCAAUGAUUGAUGGCAAGGUUUGUAGUGCAGUCACAAAUACAUCAUGUCAAACAUGUUACAUAAUAUGUGGAUGUAAACCGUCACAAAUGAAUAAUUUAUAUCAAGUUUUCGAGCGACCGAUUAAAACGGAAAACUUUAAAUUUGGAUUAUCUGUGUUACAUGCUCAUAUACGACUUUUAGAAUGCCUUUUACACGUGGCUUAUCGUAUAGAAAUAAAAACGUGGCGAGUUAGUUCAUUAGUACAUAAACAACAAGUAGCGGCAAAAAAAAGCAUAUCCAAGAAAAGUUUCGAUCGGAAAUGUUACCUAUAGAUAUGGUAUUACAAGGUUCUGGCACAACUAAUGACGGAAAUACUGCUAGAAAAUUUUUCCAGGAGCCUAGUAAAUCUGCACAAAUCACUGGAGUCGAUGAAAAUCUUAUCACUAGAUUUUGUUGUAUUUUAACUACCAUAUCUUGUGGUCAUAAAAUAAAUCAUCAAAAAUUUGAUGAUUACGCUAAAGAAACAGCAAGAUUGUUUGUGCAUUUAUAUCCGUGGUUUUAUUUACCAGCAAGUGUUCACAAAGUGUUAAUUCACGGAGGAGAUAUUAUUCGUGCUGCUCUGUUACCAAUAGGUCAAUUAUCUGAAGAAGCUGCUGAAGCAUGUAACAAAGAGUAUAAAAGACUGAGACUUCAUCACACUCGAAAAUCAUCCCGCAUAAAUAGCAAUACUGAUCUUUUCCAAAUGAUGUUAGUGUCAUCUGACCCACUAAUUUCAUCCCUUCGGAAGACAUGUAAAAAGAAAAUAUAUAAGCUUUCUCCAGAAGUUAAAUCUUUGUUGGAUUUUGAAUCCGAAGAUGAGGAAAAUUGUUCAAACAGUGAUACCGAUGAACCCGGUGAAAAUAGUGACUUAGAGUUGGAUAUAAGCAGUCUAAGCAUGUAGAUAGUUUGUAUUUGGAUUUUUGUUAAAAUAAUGAAUAAUAAUACCUAAUAAAAUGUGUAUUAAAAUAAUUUUGGCGUGCUAAAAUUUCUUUUAUCCCACUGUGGCGCGCGUUUUUGUUACCAUAUUUUUGAGGG